UCAUGCUUUGUUGCAAGGCACAGGCUGCCAGUAAUAAGACCCCGUUUGAGGCCACCGAAAGCGCUCCAAAUGGGUGCUAAUUAUUCUUCCCUUUGCCUUUCUACCGCCACUCAGCAUCACUCUUUCCCUGUCACUACCUUUCAUUGUAAAGAAAAAUCAAAAUCGAUUUUUUCUUUCAAUCCCAACCAUAAAGAUCAAAGCUUUGUUGACCCUUUGAAAAGAAUUGCAUAUUUUCCUCAAACAACUCGGCUCUCUCGUUGUGGUUUACCUUCAAAAAUUGGGGCUUUGAAGGGUGGGAAAGUGAGAGACAUGGAGAGUCAAGAGGCAGUUCCAGCAAUUACGAAACCCUUGUGGGAUUUGAAGAGUGUUGAUGAAGGUUUGGUUCAACAGAUGAUUUAUGAUGCUCUUGUUUGGAGCUCUCUUCAUGGCCUUGUUGUUGGUGACAAGAAUAUUCAAAGAUCAGGGAGAACUCCUGGUGUGGGAAUGGUGCAUGCCCCAUUUGCGUUGUUGCCUUCAUCAUUGCCUGAAAGUUACUAUAGUCAAGCAUGUGAGUUAGCACCAAUUUUCAAUGAACUUGUUGAUCGAGUGAGUAUGGAUGGAAAAUUUCUACAAGAUUCACUAACCCGAACGAAGAAAGUGGAUGCUUUUACAUCUAGACUCCUAGACAUUCAUUCCAAAAUGCUAGAAAUCAACAAGAAAGAGGACAUACGCUUGGGUUUGCAUCGCUCAGAUUACAUGCUUGAUGAAAAAACUAAAUUGCUCCUCCAAAUAGAGCUAAACACAAUUUCAAGUUCAUUUCCUGGCCUUGGUACUGUUGUCAGCGAGCUUCACAGGAGCUUACUCAUUCACUAUGGAGAACACCUUGGAUUAGAUUCCAAAAAGGUCCCUGGCAAUUCUUCAGUCAGUCAAUUUGCAGAAGCAAUGGCUAAAGCAUGGACUGAGUAUAAUAAUCCCAGGGCUGUAGUUAUGGUUGUGGUUCAAUCUGAAGAACGUAACAUGUAUGACCAACACUGGCUUUGUUCUGUGUUGAAGGAAAAGCACAAUAUUACAACUAUUCGGAAAACAUUGGCAGAAAUUGAUGUGCAAGGGGAACUACUUCCUGAUGGAUCCCUUCUUGUUAGCAGUCAACCAGUUUCAGUUGUCUAUUUUAGAGCUGGGUAUGCACCUACUGAUUAUCCUUCAGAAUCGCAAUGGAGAGCUAGGCUACUUAUGGAGCUGUCUUCUGCUAUUAAAUGUCCAUCCAUAUCUUAUCAUUUAGCAGGCACCAAGAAGAUUCAACAAGAACUUGCAAAACCCAAUGUACUUGAGAGAUUUCUCGAUAAUGAAGAGGACAUUGCCAAACUGCGUAAAUGUUUUGCUGGAUUGUGGAGUUUGGAUGACUCGGAGAUUGUUAACAAAGCAAUCGAAAGUCCUCAGCUCUAUGUCAUGAAGCCGCAAAGAGAAGGCGGAGGGAACAAUAUUUAUGGUGAAGAUGUGCGGGAAACCCUUUUAAGGUUGAAAAAGGAAGGGAGCGAUGAAGAUGCUGCUUACAUUCUUAUGCAAAGGAUAUUCCCAAGUGUCUCUUUUGCAUAUUUGAUGCGCGAUGGGAUUUGCCAUAAAGAUCAUGCCAUAUCAGAACUUGGCAUAUAUGGUGCUUACUUAAGGAACAAGGACCAGGUGAUCAUUAAUGAACAAUGCGGGUAUUUGAUGCGGACAAAAAUUUCUUCCUCAAAUGAAGGUGGGGUUGCCGCUGGAUUUGCAGUCUUGGACAGUAUAUAUUUAACUUGAUUAUUCGAACUUGCUGCUUAUUAUAGUUGAUCGGAUAAAUCAAACCCUCACGAUUCUAGUUCUAUACAAGUGAUCAUGUCAAAGUAGAUGCAUCUAUCACAAUUUAGUAUUUCCUCCAUCUUUGCGAAGGAAAAGGUUGAUAUGGAGGACAUGGUGAUUGUCAUUUUUUCUUGAGCAAUAAAAUUUGAUGUGGGUUGUGUGCCAA